AUGAACACAGAUGAACCCACCGGUGGUAUCGACGUGGCAUAUGGGGAUGAGGAAGCCCAGCGUGUGUGCUUAUGGACGGCGAAAUCAUCCAAGGCUCCAGUUAUCAUCUUCGUUCAUGGAGGCAGUUGGCGAUCAGGGACAUAUCUGGACUCUAUUGGUUCGGUCAAGGUUUAUCAUCUGCUUAAAGAGGGCUAUGCCUUCGCUACCGUCAACUAUACACUUAUUCCAUCUGUGACUGUGGAAGAGCAGGUACAGGAGGUUGCUAACUCUUUGGGCUUCUUGCUCAAGAACGUGGCUAGACUAGCUCAUUUUGAUCCUCAUCGAGUCAUUCUGACGGGACAUAGCUCCGGAGCACAUGUUGUUACCCUACUCGGAACUGACACAAAGUACUUGGAUCGUGCAGGAAUCAGCAUCCAUGUCGUGCAAGCUGUUAUUUCGCUGGACGGCUCGAACUACAAUAUACCAGCCGAGAUCACCGAUAGUCCUGGACCGGUAGCGCAGAACACCAUACACGCACUAGGUACCGAUCUGGAGCGACUGCGCGCGAUGUCGCCGACUUACCACGCUCGUGCGCCUAAUGCCGGUGCUUUCUUGCUCCUUCAUGUCCAAAGGCAGGGUGAUAUUCGUCAGGCAGUCGAGCUAGCUACAGCACUCAACGCCGCAGGUACUGAAACAGCUCUGUACGUCUUUGAGGGCCAAGGCUUUGAAGGGCAUAUACAAAUGCUGCUCCGACUCGGCGAUCCUACUUACCCGGCGACAGUAGUAUUGGACGACUGGCUUAAGAAGCACGCUCCGAUUAAUUAG